AGUUCCCGCGGCGAGGUGGGCGGGGCGGGCGCUCGCCCCCACGUGACAGCGGCGGGGCGGCGGCGGCGGCGGCGGCGGGGCGCGCGCGCGCCCGGGAUGGAGGUCGAGCCCCGCGGGGGGCGCGCGGAGAGCAGGAAGGAGCACUGGAAGCUGCUGGGCAACCUGAAGACCACCGUGGAAGGGUUGGUGUCCACCAGCAACCCCAAUGUCUGGUCCAAGUAUGGUGGCUUGGAGCGGCUCUGCAGGGACAUGCACAGCAUCCUUUACCACGGGCUCAUCCACGACAAGGUGUGCUGCAGGCAGAAGGAUUACUGGCAGUUCGUCAAAGACAUUCGCCGGCUGAGCCCCAGCUCUGCUCAUCACCUGGAGAAGUUCAUCAGCCUGCACGAGAACGGCCAGCCCGGCCCAGACGGCCGCAGCGACCAAGCUAUCGCCAAGCUGUGGCUGCAGCACAGCCUGCAGUUCCACUGCCUCUCGGCGCAGCUCAGACCUCUCCUGGGGAACAGGCAGUACAUAAGGAAAUUCUACGCAGACACUGCCUUCCUGCUCAGUGACGCCCACGUCACGGCCAUGCUGCAGUGCCUGGAGGCUGUGGAGCAGAACAACCCCAGGCUGCUGGCUCAGAUCGACACAUCCAUGCUGGCCGGCACGUCACUGCCCUCCCUGUGCUCGUCAGGUCCCUCUGCCGGGACAAGAGAUGCACGUGACUGUGACGCUGAAGGACACCAGAGCCGCUUGCCUGGGGCACUGGGCUGCCUGGAUCAUCUUGCUGAGAGCCUGCUCACCAGGAGGGGUGAAGGUCCUUCUCCAGUGACAAAGAGCCAGAGCCUGACUGCCCUCCCCGGGUCCCCGUACGCCCCGUCUGCAGGCUGCACGCAGCAGCGCCACUGCGGGUCCUUCUCCAGCCUGCCCCAUCCAGCCUCGUCUGGCCUGCCAGACAGGAGACCAGCGAGCUCCUCCGUCUGCUCCAGCACCAGCCAGCCCCAGGAACACUGCCCGGCCACCCGCUCCUCCUCCUUCAGCGAGGACAGGACCUCCCUGGAGCAGCCCAGCUCCCGCAUCCCCUCACCCAAAGACCCUUUCUCUCCGGCCAGCGAGAUGAGCUCCAGCACCACCAGCCAGAGCGAGGACACUUGGACGGGGAGCCAGGACGAUGCGCAGAGCGACCCCAACGAUGGGCCCGAGUACCUGGCCAUCGGCAAUUUGGGGCGCCGGGGCCGGGCCUGCAGCAGCGCCAGCACCAGCAGCAGCAAGAGCAGCAGCUCCAACCUCUUCUCCUCCAGCAGCUCCCAGAAGCUGGACUCGGUCUCCUCCAUGGGGGAGCAGGGGGCGAGUGGAGGUGGGAGCUGGGGCCUGGGCCUGUUGCGCCGGUCCAGCUUCUCGGAGGGGCAGUCGUCAGCCCCGCAGGGCAUCCUCAAGAAGAGCCACGUGCGCUCGCACUCUGACACCAACGUGGCCUCGGGGAAAUUGCACGGAGGCCUCAGGGAUAUCACCAUUAUAAUAGAAGACCCAGUGGCAGAGUCCCACGGUGACACGGGCAGAGGCAGAGGGACAGUGUCUGGUUCCACCCAGAGCAGCGAGCUGAGCACACCCAGCUCCCUCUACAUGGAGUACGACUCUGGCCAGUACCUGAGCUCGGGGGAAGGGAUGUUCAGAAGACCCUCGGAAGGGCAGUCCCUCAUCAGCUACCUCUCGGAGCAGGACUUCGGCAGCUGUGCGGACCUGGAGAAGGAGAAUGCCCACUUCAGCAUCUCAGAGUCACUGAUCGCUGCCAUCGAGCUGAUGAAGUGCAACAUGAUGAGCCGGCAGCUGGAGGAGGAGGAGGAAGACAGCGACAAGGAGAUCCAGGAGCUUAAACAGAAGAUUCGCAUUAGGCGCCAGCAGAUCCGUACCAAGCACCUGUUCCCUGCCUGCCAGGAGAUGGGCUCAGACAGCCUUGUGGCGACAGACAGCGAGUCCCAGUUCAGCUCCCGCGGCUCCAUGCGCCUGUCUGAUUCUGGCUCUGCGGAGGAUGUGGAAGAGUACGAGAUACAAGAUGGUAACGAUGGAUCUAACCUGAUUCAAAUGUCCAAGAACGGCCUCUCAGUGUCAAUGGCUUCCUUGUUCUCAGAUGCAGACAUCAAGAGGAAUCCAGACUCCAGCAGGAAAUCCUUUCUCUCCUCCGAGUCCAUAUCCCACUCCUUCAGCAAUUCGAACUCGGCAGAAGCCGUCGCCAUGGGCUUGCUGAAGCAGUUUGAGGGCAUGCAGCUGCCGGCUGCCUCCGAACUGGAAUGGCUUGUCCCCGAGCACGACGCUCCGCAGAAGCUCCUGCCCAUCCCUGACUCCCUGCCCAUCUCCCCCGAUGAUGGAGAGCACGCUGACAUCUACAAGCUGAGGAUUCGGGUGCGCGGAAACCUGGAGUGGGCGCCCCCACGACCGCAGAUCAUCUUCAACGUUCACCCAGCCCCAACGAGGAAGGUGGCUGUGGCCAAGCAGAAUUACCGCUGCGCGGGCUGUGGCAUCCGAACUGAUCCUGAUUACAUCAAGCGGAUGCGGUACUGCGAGUACCUGGGGAAGUAUUUCUGCCAGUGCUGCCACGAGAACGCCCAGACGGUCAUCCCCAGCCGCAUCCUGCGCAAGUGGGACUUCAGCAAGUACUACGUGAGCAACUUCUCCAAGGACCUGCUGAGCAAGAUCUGGAGCGACCCACUCUUCAACGUGCAGGAUAUCAAUCCUGCCCUGUACAGGAAAGUGAAGUCUCUCAACCAAGUGUGGAUGCUGCGAAUCCAGCUCUUCCACAUGAAGAACAUGUUUAAGACCUGCCGCCUAGCUAAAGACCUCCUAGACUCCUUUGAUGCAGUGCCCGGCCACUUGACCGAGGAUUUGCACCUCUACUCCCUGAGCGACCUCAGCGCCACGAAGAGGGGGGACCUGGUGCCUCGCCUGACAGAACUGCUGAAGGCAGGCAGCCUGCACGUUGAGAAAUGCAUGUUGUGCCAAGCUAAAGGCUUCAUCUGCGAGUUCUGCCAGAACGAAGACGACAUCAUCUUCCCCUUUGAGCUCCACAAGUGCAGGACGUGUGAAGAGUGCAAAGCCUGCUACCACAAGUCCUGCUUCAAGUCCACCCACUGUCCCCGCUGCGAGCGGCUCCAAGCCCGGCGGGAGCUGCUGGCCAAGCAGAGCAUGGAGUCCUACGUCUCGGACUACGAAGACGAGUUGGAGCAGCAGGAGGCAGCAGCAACCACAUGAGCGUGUGGCAGCAGGGGAGCAGGUAGCGGGUUUAUUUAUACCUGUGGCCUUCAUCACCAGAGACUGAGCCAAGCGGACUUGUGAUGAGGAGCAGCGCUGGGACACUUGUCAUGCUGGGUGCUUGGAGCACUGGCUUGACGGGAGCUGUUUUCCCCUGGGCAGCAGUGCUGGGGAAUGAACAUUUUCCAUCCUCGGAGUCUGCUCCAGGUACCAGUCACCUCCCUGCCGCCUUGGCUUGGGGAAAGGCAGCCACCCCUGUCUGUCCUGCAGGCUGAACACGGACCUUUACCAGGCAGUGGCUCAUGUGCUGGGCUGCAGCCUUGCCCUUUGGGAGCCGCUGGGCCAGGCAGGGCUGCAAGGCCAGUCCCCAUCCCCUCCUGCCUGGGAGGCUCCCCAGUGGGGUCAGCACUUUCUGCUCAGCGGCUGGACACUGGAAGCCCUGGCCAUGUUCCCCUCCUGGGAGGCAGGAAUUGUCUCCAAGUCUUCCCCGGCUUGUCUUGCUGCUGCUGUGUGUUUGUGGAGGGAGGCUGGGGGGCUGAACAGCGCGUUUAGCAGCUCCCUUUUUCACAUCUGGACUGGAACUACUGCCAGAGACACAUUUCUCUUCCUCCAGGAUCAGAACAGAGGAGGUAAAAAUGGUAAAAAUGUGGUGUGUCUGCCCCCCUUGCCCCCACAGAGGCAGCACCCAGGGGGCAGCCACCCCAGGGGACCCGCUUUGCUGCUGGGCAUCGCAGAGAUCUUGUGGCAAGAGUGCAGCAAGUGAGGCUUCAAACCUCACUUCUCCCUCAUGCUGCUCAUCUGUUCCUGGGGAUUUCUCCUCGUUUAGGUCUGACAUGGGACCUCACCCUGGCAGUGUCACCCUGGGAUGCGCGUGAAGGCUCGUAGCUCAGCCCUCUGGGUGCCUCCCCCCAGCCUCUGUCACACUUUGUUCUUUUAGGUUGGGCUUUUUUUUUUUUUUAACUGGCUGGAUUUGGUUUUAUUUUUUUAACGCAGUUGUUUGUAUUUUUAACCGUUUGCUCCCCACCUCCCAAGAAGGUGCUGCUGGAGAUGUUCCUACGUGAGGGGCUAUAAAACCUCCAGAGCUUUCCUGCUCCUGGUCCCUCACCCCUGACCGGGGCUGGCAGCUGCCAGGUGCCCCUCUCCCAUCGGACCUGCUCCCUUUGGGAGAGGGGUCACCGAGCCAGGCAGAGCCUCAGGGGAGAAGCUGGACAGGUUGCUCCCACGGGGGUGCACUUUUGGGGAGAGGGAUUGGCACUGGGGGUGCUGCAAGGUGCCGCUGCAUCCAGGGGAUGCUUUGUCCCACGGUACGGGCAGUGUCCAGCACCAAGGUAGCCCUGGGGGCUGGAGCCCACCCAGCCUGGCAGGCAGGUGGGGGGAAGGAUGAAGGGUGCUGAGGGACAGGGGACACCAAUUUUCAGCCUGGCACGUCACCUCUCUGAUGGCAGGGUCAGAGGCUACUUACCAGCUCUAGCAUUCCUGGCCUGGGACAGGUAGAUCCCCACCUUCUCCCUCGGGUUUUUGCCUCCUCCUGUCUUUAUCCUCGUUUUCCCAGGACAGCAGCUGCUCUCCUGCUUGCUCCACAGCUGGCAGGAGCUCUACAAGCCUUGAAGUUGCCAGCCUUGCAAGCAGAGAGCAUUGCCACGGUCCUUGCCUCUUGUCCCCAUGCUGCCACCUGGCUCGGCAGGUCCGGAGCUGGUCCCCCCCCUCCUAGGAGCUGGCUCAGAGCAGCACACCUUCACCCACACCCUUUUGUUUGAAGCACUUUAACGUCGCGGGCCGCUGGCCGAGCUGAGCCCACGUCCAGUUCUAGAAGCACUGAGAACCUUUAGAGACGAGCGAAUGGAUUUUGGUUUAUUUGUGUUUUUCCCCCAAUCCCUCUGGAUGUGAUGGGAACCCGAAACCCGGCGGAGGUCUCUGGGCAAGGUGACGCACAACACUAACACUGCUGCCACGGCUGGAGGGACAGCCAGGGGCUGCCCUGGCACUUAACCGGAGCCCUCCCCACGGGACUAUUGCACAGCAGAGCAGUGAAACGCCGUCCCUAAUAAACUAAGUUAAACUCAA